GGUGGGGAAGCACUCAUUAUUUUAAGUUAUGAACACUAUGGCACCGCUGCAAAAGGUUUGAAAACUUUGACGUCAAAACCAAACCAACGACAUCGACAGAAACAACGAAUUUUGAGUCUGUCGUCGCCUUCGCUGGAAGUUUGAAUUGUGAAUCCGAAAGAGCCAAUCAUAAUUUUUACAUCAAGAUCAAAUCGUGACAACAACUCUAGAGACAGAGACACAGAGCUAUGGCCGUUGUUGCUUCAGCUCCUGGGAAGGUCUUGCUGACUGGGGGAUACCUUAUUUUGGAGAGGCCAAAUGCAGGGCUUGUGCUCAGUACCAACGCUCGGUUUUUCGCAAUUGUGAAACCACUUCACGAGGAGAUCAAGCCCGACAGCUGGGCGUGGGCAUGGACAGAUGUGAAGUUAACAUCUCCUCAACUUUCCAGAGAAAGCUUGUAUAAGUUGGAACUUAAAAACAUGACACUUCAGUGUGUCUCCUCAAGUGAGUCGAGGAACCCAUUUGUGGAACAAGCAGUGCAAUACACUGUGGCAGCUGCACAUGCAACAUUUGAUGAUAAUAAGAAAGAGUUGUUACAGAAACUACUUCUACAGGGUCUUGAUAUCACAAUUUUAGGUUCCAAUGAGUUCUAUUCAUAUCGGAAUCAGAUCGAAGCACGUGGGCUACCUUUGACGCCGGAAGCAUUAGCUUCCCUUCCACCUUUUACAUCGAUUACCUUCAACACAGAGGAGUCAAAUGCUGACAAUCGCAAGCCAGAAGUUUCUAAAACUGGAUUGGGUUCAUCGGCGGCAAUGACAACUGCUGUGGUUGCUGCUUUACUCCAUUACCUUGGAGUUGUUAAUCUAAACUCAACUAAAGAUCAAGACAAAGAGAAGAAGGGUACUGGUGAUCUUGACGUGAUACACAUGAUAGCUCAAACUGCUCACUGUCUUGCACAAGGGAAAGUUGGCAGUGGGUUUGAUGUCAGUUCUGCUGUUUAUGGCAGUCAACGUUAUGUCCGGUUUUCACCGGAUGUGAUUUCUUCGGCUCAGGAUGCAGCAAAAGCAUCGCCCUUACAAGAAGUGAUUGCAGAUAUUUUAAAAGGGAAAUGGGAUCAUGAGAGUACUAAGUUUUCCUUGCCACCGUUGAUGACCCUUGUACUAGGAGAACCAGGAACUGGAGGUUCAUCCACACCAUCAAUGGUAGUUGCUGUGAAAAGGUGGCAGAAGUCUGACCCUGAGAAAUCCCUAGACAUAUGGAGGAAGUUGUCAGAGGCGAAUUUUGCACUUGAAGUACAACUCAAUAGUUUAAGCAAACUUGCGGAAGAACACCGGGAUGCAUAUAAAUCGGUAAUAAAUGACUGCAGUGGGCUUAGGCCAGACAAGUGGUCAGAGCAAGCUUCUGAACCAAGGAAAAAAGAAGUUGUUAAAGCAUUGUUAGGAGCAAGAGAUGCUAUGCUUGGGAUCAGAUAUCAUAUGCGCCAGAUGGGUGAGGCUGCAGAUGUUCCAAUUGAACCCGAAUCACAAACUCAGCUUUUAGAUACAACAAUGAACAUGGAAGGAGUUUUGUUGGCUGGAGUUCCUGGAGCAGGUGGCUUCGAUGCAAUCUUUGCUGUUACCUUGGGGGAUUCUGGUAGCAAUGUCAGCAAAGUAUGGAGUUCAGUCAAUGUUUUGGCCUUGUUAGUUAGAGAAGAUCCUCGCGGUGUUUCUUUAGAAAGUGGAGAUCCACGAACCAAGGGGAUCACAGCAGCCGUUUCUUCCAUUCAUAUCAAAUGAACCGAUAUUUGCAAAUCAGAAGAAAAAGAACCUUAAUUUAACGGUAAAAGUAGGUUUAGAUCUGUUGUAAUUUCUAUGAAUCCUGAAAAUAAACGAAGUUAUUCAUCCAGCAGACUAUCCAGAUGUAGAUUUUAUCUGCCAUCAUAUUUAAAUGGCAAAUUUUCAUUGUUUGCACCUUCUCAUUUCGGUUUUCCUUGAGAGAUAAAAUAAUAAAAAAUAAUGGUUCUCUUCUUCUUUGAGAACAGUUUAUGAAAA